AUGCAGCAGCUGAUUCACCUCCUACUGCUGGCUUGUGCAGUUUUGGGGGAGGAUGCGGUGCCCUUGUCACCUCCGCCAGAAAACUUGACGCGAUCAGUUGUGUCAUCAGGUCCUGGCCACGAGGUUUCGGAGCGAGUCCUGUCAGGCCGCAAGUGGGCCAGCUUGUCCACUUUCUCUUCGAGGCUCUCGGCUUCGGGCACCACGACAAAGACAGGACUGGCAGGCUUCAGCUUGGUGGCAGCCGGUGCUGUGUCGGGGGCGAUGUUGAACGACAUGGACGAGGCCGAUGCGGGUGUGGAUCUGUCUGACGACAACUGGAAGGAAGCAGCUUGGGAGAUGACAAAGGCUGCCAUCCAACUGGGAGCAGACAUCGCCAGCGAAAUGAAAGGAGUUUCGCCGCUCCUGAGCUCAGGCGUUGGUGCCGUCAUUGCUGUCGCAGACAUCUUCAUCCCGACCGACGAGCCACUCACCACGGAAGAGGGCCAGAAGAUGAUCAAUGAGGCUUUGGAGAAGGCCAAAGAGCAGUGGAUGCAGGAGAUGAGAGAUGAGACGGUAGGCCUCAUUCAGGACGCCCUCGCGGCGGCCAGUCUGCAAGAGACAAAACUCGAGAUCCAGAGCUUCACCAAAGACUUGGUCUCCGUGGAUACUAUGGACUCAAUGGAGCCAGAUUCUGCCUUGGCGUACGCCAUGGCUUUGGAGAAGGGCGUCUCUCAUCUGUCGCGCAAACUCUUCUUGCCUUGCUUGGAGUCUGGCUGGGGCAGCGAAGAGUGUUCGGAACGGUUGGGCUCCGGCGCGGUCUACAUGCUCGACGCCUUAGCCAAUGUGCACUUCGCCAUCUUUGCCGAGAUCUUCCGGACCAUGAAGAAGAAGCUUCGGAUGCUCAAGGACCACCUGCUAAAUUUUGCCCCAGCGACUGCCAGCCAGCUGCAUGUCGCAAGGCAGGUCCUGGUCAGCAACUUCAAGCGCGUGGGCUGCAACAACUCGGAUCCCUCUGAGCAGACCCUGGAGCGCUUCAAGGUCCAGAAUACACCCUACGUCAUCAUGAAGCACAUCAACUGGCAACAUGUGGAAAGCCUGCCGUUCUACGACCUCGCUUCCGCGAACGCAGCGUGGUGGGAUCCAAGCUACAACGACUGGACGAAAGCCCUAAGGCUCGUGGACAGCUGGGGCAACAAGAUUGAACACUACGGCAAUCAAGGUGACGUUGUGACCGAAAUGGAUGCUCACUUCAAUCAGAAGUACAAGGCCGGAGGAGUAGAUGGUCCCUUCGCGCCCUUUGUCGUCAUGAAGCACGAGAAUUGGGGGGUUGUGACGGACGAGAUCUUUUUUGAUCUUGCGGACGCAACGGCUCGCUUUGAGGCGCUUGUCGUUGUCGGCACAAAAGCCACUGUGUUGGUGGAUGGCCGGUUCACGGAGCUGCGCUGGUUUGGAAGCGGAAACACAGGUGCACUUCUGGCGGACUUCUCCGCCCAUUUCAAAGCGAAGUUCAGCCCCAAGGAGGGAGACCUACUCCACAACAUGUACGACUUCUGUGUCGCAGCCCGCGAUCAGCCAGGUUCGGAGAUGGCAAAAGAAUGCUGUCCCGCCAACGAGCCCACCUGCCAACCCACCUGCUCCAACGUGACGGCGCUGCAGUUCGGACUCUUUCAGACCAUGCAGCAGAGAUUCCGCCGCGUCCAGGAACAAUACCGCUACCUUUUGAAGGAAGGAAGCCGAGACAAGUUCCUGGACUUGAGGCUCAAACACAUCAAAUGCGUCGGAAGCACGUGCGAGGACGCGCUGGACAUCAGCGAGACCAAUUUUGCCCCAAAGCCGCUGGCCGACUUCAGGGCGGUGGUACAAAGGCAGAGCGAAGUUUGGACAAGAACCAUGGAAGCGCUUGAGAAAGGCAGCAUAAUGAUGGACGGGCUAAGGGUCUUCAACUUGGAGCCAGCAACGGGCACAUGGGUGACGGAGACGAUCUCUGUGCAGCAGUCCGCUGGGUUUGCAAGGCUCAUGAGCGUUGCCACGAAAGGCGCCAACACGCCAUGCUUGUUCAUCAACGGCCAGUACUUCUCGAAGCCAACCUGUGCCGACCACCCAACAAAUCCGCAGGUGUGUUCGAGCCAAUACUUCCGUUGGAAUGACGCGCAAGGCCGAGAUAAUGACCCAUCACCAGUCUUCUGGGAUUUCAAGCUGUUGAGCAGUGAUGUGACAAUCCAGAAGUUCCCCCUGUUAUGGCCGGGUGAGUAUGGACAGUUCUCGUCACUGGUGCUGCGAGUUCAGCCCACACCGCAUCCGUGGCCACUCCUGGCGCCACCAGAAAAGAAAUCACCUUAUUAUCAAGGUUCCAUGGGCUCCGCUGGCUGCGCGGUCAUCGAACAGAGGUACUUAAGGUGCACCGGGGAGGACAGCGCGAACGGCAGGGAUAAGUCCGUGACGGUUGAGCAACAACCCGCUGAAGUGGGAAGUGGGUUUCUACAUGCGCCUAUCGGGGCUGGGAGGGACAGCGGCCGCGCUGCAGUUCGGGAUGCGGGCUGA